CAUCAUUCUGUCGUUUACCGUCUGUCGAUGAGAAGAUGCCCGGGCCACGCUCGUGAGCGCUACCAUUCUCUACAUAAGCUGUGGGACAGUGUCGUGCUGGUGUGGAGAGCGAUAGAGAAGAGACGACACGCGUGAGCUUCUCCCCCCCCGAAUCCCCGCCCAGCUCAUUUCCAGAUAACGUGCCAGAGAGCAAUGGCUUGCUACCCUGGGCAACCACCACCGCCGAGGCCGGAGGAGCUGGACCCUCUCCGUCGCGUAGUUCUGAAUCCACUGGUGAAUCGCGCUAUAUGGCGCUCGUAGCCUGUAGCUGCCAGAAUAAGUCGUCAGACACACAGACAGACAAAGAUGAGCUACCGGUACCCUCGCAUGCGCAUGCACGCGAGGGUUAAAAUCCACACUGAGACGACAAGGUACUAGCACGCUUCACUUGCCUAAUGACACCUGUAUGUUAUACAUGAUUUGCAGAUACCACUACUUGUUGAUUGGUAUCAAGUCCCACAUCUCGCUACGACAAUGAGAGAGUAUUUAAUGAGACAGGAAGAAGGGGUGUCCAGAAGGAACCUGACUCCAAGAAGGUCCAUUCCAGUGUACCCCAAGGAGAACCCGAGAUGCUGUUCUGCCACAUUCCCAAUGACAUCAACAACUCAAACUACAGCAGGAGGUCCCCAAAGACAAGUUGACCACAUUCAUGGUGAUGUACCGCACCCACUGUCAGAGGAUCCUGGACAGUGUGUCUCGUGCCAACUUCAAUGAGGUGGAAGAUUUCCUGCUCCACUUCUGGCAGGCCAUGCCUCAUCACCUCCUCCCGGUCAUGGCCAGUACUGUGGUCGUUGACCUGGUGGCUCUCUGUGAUACUAUCCUCUACUCAGUCAUUUCCUCCGUUCUCAUCAUCUCCCCUGUCCAGAGCUUCCCUGAGAGCCUCCUCCAAGAUGUCCUAAAGUUCUGUGGCCAGCUGGGACCGUGGCUGGACACUGCACUGGAUGGUCUCCCUGAGACCCUCAGACACACCAAACAAAAGUCUGCAACGACCUUUGUGAAGACUCUCAAGAGGCAGAUUGCCAUCAUGGAACUGGCCAAGGCGACCCGGAAGGCCCUCCAGAGAGAGGACCAGCUGUCUCAGCUGUUCAGAGACUGGGAAGGUCUGGACAUGCACGCUGUCCUGGCCCACGUCCUGUUUGCCAUCCAGCCACUGAGUAUCCCUUCCUCCUCCCUGCAUAUCAUCCCCGAGUUGCUGAGACAGUUUGUGGAGCUCCUGGAGGACAAGACUAGUGUGGAGGACUUUGUAGAGUGGGGGCAGUCCAUCCUUCACACCACUGUCAAGCAAUGUUAGAGGCACUAAUGAGGGGGACCUCCUCAAAGUGAGCAAGAUGUUUAUCCUCACGUGGAAACUCUUCACCUCCAAGAUCAGCCGGGAGAUCACGCUCCAGAACGCCCCGAGUUUCGGUACGUUUGUUCUAUUACGAAGAUUACGUAAUGAGCUAGUCGGAUUCC